AUAAUGGCGAUAAAGUUACUGAUCUGCUACAUUUAAUAUUUAUAUAUAAAGUACAGAGGUAAAGCAAAAUCGGGCUCCUCUCUCCACACCACCAAUUGCGGCGGCGGGAGCGGCGGCGGAAAGUGAACCACCUCAAAAGCAAUCUCCUUCGUCCACCGGAACAUCGGUUUCCUUCCACUCCCUCCCUUCCUCUCUCCGAAUACCUUUUUUUUUUCUCUUUCAAAAAAAUUUCAAAUUAACAGUGAAAUAUCCAGGUUUAAAUUGCCAAUGGCGAAAGUUAGCAAAGUGCGGAAGUCUGAUUCUCAGCAUAAAAGAGUGCCUUAUCCAUUGCCCUCUCAUCCUAAGAGGGCUGGAAAAGGUUCCAGAAAGAAGAGACGUUCCAAAGCUUCAGAGAAGAAAGAUUGGGAAGCUGCAAAAUGUUCGGUUUGUCUGGAGUUCCCACACAAUGCCGUUCUCCUCCUUUGUUCCUCUUACGAUAAGGGUUGCCGCCCUUACAUGUGUGCGACUAGCAAGCGGUUUUCCAAUUGUCUUGAGCAAUACAAGAAAGCCUACACUAAAGUAACAUCAGUUGACUCAAUGGAUAGUUCAAGUCUUAUUUCAGGUGUGGAGCAGCCCACUGAAAAGAUGGAAGUGCCAGAGCUUCUAUGCCCGCUCUGCCGAGGACAAGUUAAGGGCUGGACAGUGGUAGAACCUGUACGGAAAUAUCUAAAUCGGAAAAAAAGGUCAUGUAUGCAAGACAAGUGCUCGUUUGUUGGAACUUACAAAGAGCUUAAGAAACAUGUUAGGACAAAGCACCCACUGGCACGACCUCGAGCAGUAGACCCUGUACUUGAAGAAAAAUGGAAAAAGCUUGAAAACGAGAGAGAGCGAAAUGAUGUGAUCAGUACAAUUAUGUCAUCAACGCCAGGAGCAAUGGUGUUGGGUGAUUAUGUGAUUGAUCCGGGCUAUCAUGAUAUCUAUGCUGAUGAAUAUGGUUCGGAUGAUUCUUUUGAUGACCCUUUCGAUGAUGGCUUUAUUCAUCUAGAUUCAUCCGUUCGCUUGCGUGGUAGAUUCUUGGAUUAUGACUUAUUUGAUGAUGAUGACUUUGGGAUGCACCGUCCUUUCCGUGCUGUUUCCCCAGUAACCCGCACUUGGCCUGCUCGCUUUUUGGGGUCAAUGGGACUAAGGCGAAUCCCUAGGGUCCGAGGACGUAAUGGAAACCGAUAACUUCUUUGUCUACCAAUUACCUGGUGAAAUCUAUACCUUGAUAUCAGGUAAAAUGAACAGAUCGUAGGAGAGUCCGACAUCAGUAAUCAAUCAGCUGUUUAGUUGUCGAGGUGAAUUAAACUUAUCUUUAGCUUUGAGUUCCCUCCGUAGUUAUAUGUAUCGACUAUCAUUCAUCAUCAUGCAUAGUAGCAGCAUAACUUUAAAACAUUCUUUCUCAAUUUGUUCUAGAAGCCGGCUGGCAACAUUUGUUCAUGUUGAACUUUAUGUUCCUCUAUGCUCCAUGAUAUACAUGUUUGUAGUGUACAGCUUCAAGAAAAAUCAGAGGAGAAUGAAAUAAUUCUUUAGUGGUUUCUCCAUCA